UUUAGAACGAUGAAGGCCUAGGUUUUAACGUAAUGGGCGGCAAAGAACAGUCAUCACCAAUUUACAUAUCUCGAAUUAUUCCUGGGGGAGUCGCUGACAGGUAUACUUCUUUUCGACAUGUUUUGUAUAAACGUUUUGCAGUCUUGUUACCUUGUUUGAUACCCUAAAUUAGGCAGUUCAAUGUUAUAUAGUACACGCUAAGUAAGCAGUUCAGUUGUACUAUAAUACACAUCAUUAGUAUUUCAACAAAACCAAAAGGUGUUGGGAGGAGAUGGGUAAACCUUGUCGCCUGGGGCCGGUUGUUCGAAAGCCGAUUACCUUAACCCUAUAGGUUAACCUAAAAUCCAAAGCAAACUUCCUGGCAGCUUGUUUACAAAUUUGGAAAUGUUUCUUCAGAAAUCUUGUCUGGAUCGAUAGGAGUUUUCUUCUCUGAAGUUUUGAAAUAAUCAGACGUGCAGAAAUACAUAAACUAAAACAGCGGGUUAAACUUUAACCGAAGGUUAGCGCUAACCCACCUUUUAACAACUGGCCUCUGGAGUUUACUGUAAACAAAAGCGGUGACACUUUACAGUUUACAAGCGCUCCCCCGGACUUUACACUUCUGUUUACGUGCGUGCACAUGAUCAUCAUGCACAUGGCAAAGCAACGUAAUGUGAGCAUAUCAGUCACAUGGUUGGCUAUCUAUUAACUUAAGGGGGGGGGGACAAAGUAAUGAACUUUUUAUUGCGAUGCAGGUCAAUAAUCUCUUUAUAGAGACGCUACAUUUGUCGACUGGUGAUAAUAUUAAGAGAAUUAUAUACAGUAAUUAUAUACGUGAAAAAUUUCUCGAUUGGCUAAGAGGAGUGCACUUUUAUCAAAAUACAGUACCAAAAAUAGAAAUACGUGACAAGCGCCAAACCAAAAGGCAUUUGAUUAAAAAUGUUGUGUCAUUCAAAUGAGUAAGUAAAUUAUUUCGCAUGUGUUUCAUGCAUGCAAGUGGCCAUGAAUUUGCUUCUGUAUAAUUUUUUUCAUGUGCAUUAUUAAUAAGUAAUAGUAUGGUUUCGUGCUUGAAAAACUCACUCGUGAACGUUUUUUUUCCAAAUUGCACUCGAAACCAUACUAUUAGUCUAUUACCUUACAAAUAAUUGAAAGUAACAAAUUUUACAUUCUUCUAUUGCGAGUAUAAUUCCAUUCGGGACAACUUGAAAGUGUUUCCCACUGUUUUACACUCACCUGUUUUCCGUUUCCGGUAAACUCAUUUGUAUUUAUACUGUAUUUGAAAUUUGUUUUUGAUUGUAUGUGUAAUAAUGUUAUUUAGGCAUGGUGCUCUAAAACGUGGAGAUCAAUUGCUUUCCGUUAAUGGCGUGGUAAGGUUUAUUUGAUUGUUCCUCGUUUCCUUAUCAUGCAUUGACACUGAAAGAAACAAGGAUACACUUAGCCUUACGAUAGUAUUGUAAAUAUUCCACGCAGGUGGAUAUAAUAUAGGCGGCUUUUAAAACGCGAUUGGCCGUCAUCCUUCAUCUUUAAACUUUCUUGUUUCGUAGAGCGUCGAAGGGGAGAAUCAUGAGAAAGCUGUCGAUCUUCUUAAAGCCGCGGAAGGUAAUACAAAAACAUUGACUAUGACUAUUUUUGGAGUAAAACGUUUUACUCUGUACAUCUUUAAUUUGUCUAUUUGACUCCCAAACUGACAACUAUAGGGUGUCUGUGACCGGUAAGUCUGAUCAGUAAGUUUCAUAGAGUUAAAAGAAGGUAUUUAUAUAUAGUUGGUAAUAAAUACAGUUAUAAAAUGCUCUAUUUUUGGAGUUGCACUUAUGUGGGACCUGUUCUAAUUGCUUCGUUUUUAUUCCAGGAAAAGUUAGGCUGGUUGUGAAAUAUACGCCUAAAUGUAAGUAUAAAUAAGGACGUUACCUUUGACAUGAAAAGUGCUUUAUGUACUUUCAACCUGUUAAACCAAAUGGAACAAGCAUUGGAAUUCCAUUAGUCGACUUCCUAAACAUCCUGUUGGGAUUUUUAUGAAGAGUAUUAAGUUGAGCACGUUUUAAAUGAAGGAUGUAGUAAUUUCUAAUUAAGAGAGUUCUGGUACUUUUAGAAUUUCUGAUUCUUAUUGUGUCAUGUUUGCAGCGUAAACCAAGCUAUUGUAGUUGAUGCUUCUACAGUAUAACCUUUUUCGUUCAUAUCUAGUUCGACAACCACGCGGAAAACCAGUAAAUAUCAUUUAAUGAUUUUUUCUGCAGGACAUACACAUUGGAUUAUUGAGUAUUUUGUAUUUGUUUAGUGUUGGACGAAAUGGAGCAGAGAUUUGAGCGACAGCGAAUGGCCAAACGUUAGGGUAAGAGAUGCCCUUGGGAAAUUACUUUAUUUUAGUGUAGAAUUGUAAUUAUCAUUUCUACAUAAAAGAAGGAACACCUAUAACAAUUGUCGUAUUGGCAAAACCCAUCGUGCUUUGAUGACCACCAGUCGGUUACAAACGACUGUGUCUACUCCAGAGCGCAGUCUCAAAUAAUAAACAACAAACAUUUACUGGGAAACAGGGACUAAAAGAUCAUUGUUCACUGAUAAUCGAUAAACUACCGCAUAGUUGCAAGCAGCCGAUGAUGCAAAUGGAAAAGAAAAUCGCGCCGCCGCCGUUAAUAGAGACCUUUAACGAUUUUAGGCAACGCGACGGCCAAAACAAACUCCUUCAAAUAAAUGGUAGUAAACAUAAUUCGUCGUAUAUUAUCAAUCGUAUGAAUUUAAUACAGUCUUAGAAGUUGAAGACAUGGGUUUUAUGGUUGGGAAGAGUUCUGCUAAACCCUUUUUGAAGUUGCACUUGUUGCGGCUUGAAAUGUGAAAAUCUGAAAUCACGUGAAAAUCUGUGAUUUGGCGUUGUAAACAGAGCGAAGGACAAUGUCUAAAUUAUUCAUAUAUUGUAAUUAUUCAAUUCUUUUCAAUUAUUUAUUGUAUUUGUAUAGCCGUUGCCGUCGCGUUGCCGUCCUAAAUCGUAAGGUCUCUAUUAACAACCGAUGACAACUUAAUAUUUUUUUAGCCAAUCACGUAUUUCCAGUCCAACAGUGGACUGCCAAUGAAACAUGUAUGGAAAACCGGCAGGCGGUUUUUCUCGCCCGCCCGUCCGUUUUCUCCCGCCCGCCCGUUCUGCCGCCCGCCCGUUCUGCCGCCCUGCCGAUCAAUUGCCUGUUUUUGCUUUGCCUUGUUGCAGCAAGUUGCGUUUGUUACUCCUUCGCCCUUUUCCACCCAAUUUUUUUUUAGUUAAACUUUGUUAGUUCAACAAGUACAAUGUAUAUAGACUACUAUAGAUUGUAUCUUUUUCACUGACUCGUCAGUGUGACAGGUGCCGGAGGAAUCCCUUGGCAGAAUUGUCAUGGCAGAAUUGUCAUGGCGAACUCCAUUGCUGCUAUUUUAGGGGUUGCUGCUUUAGUUGUUGCUGCUCUGAUGAUAAUCUGUUGACAUGCCAAUACAUCUUGCAAACAAGACAUUGCAGCCUUCGACCACAAACGACACCUACCUCCAAACACUAAUACUCUGCUGUUAAUUGAUUUUUAAACUAAGGCUAUGUCUAAGAGUUGUUUGUAUUAUUUUUUAGAAAACGAAAGAAUAUCUCCCCCGUAUUAAAAAUUGUCUACGCUGGCCACGUUUUUUGGCAAAUAUGCCUGCCUCUUCACAAAUUUGCUCACGAGGUUUUCCUUGUCAAAUGUACAAAUUUUAUAAUUACUAUUUAUUCAGCUUAUAUUAAAUCUGUACUACUACACAUUCGUGAAAACAAGAAUAUAGCGAAAUAAGGCUGUAAUUAUGUAAAUAUAUUUUACAGACUCUCUUGCAAUUUUUACGCCAUACGACCAUCGUUACAACCUCAAAACAUCUUGAUUCUUAUUUGACCGCAUGCAUGCAUUACUAGUCAUCAAAAUCAGUACCUAUAUCAUGUAGUUGUAGCCAUGUAAUAUUACUGCGGAUGUUUUAUCAAUAAGGGAAUGUGCAAAUUUCUGAAGAGGAGGGCAGUUGUUAUGCAAUUUGGCCGGAAUGGAGACAAAAUCUCUGGGGGAUUUUUUAGUAUAUGAUACCAGAAGAAAAGGAGAGGUAUCGAGAACCGUAGUAUAAUUUUAGCAUAAUAAUAUUCCAAAUAAUGUUCCUAUAUAUAUAUAUUUUAGUGAAUUAUGCACCGAGCUUAUGUAAUACAUGUAUAUUUGAAUAAUAGUCCAAAUAAAUUGUUUUUAACCAUGCA